CCAGAGGGUUCGUCAGAGCCACGUGGUGGAAACUCCAGUAGAGGGUUUUUUAAAGCAGGUUGCACUUCAUUCUUGCUGAGCUAGUGCACGUGUGUGUGUGUGUGUUUGCAGCGCCUCUGGGUCUGUGGUUUUAUUGCACGUUCUUGCUGGUUUCCAGCUGCCCCGCCAGUUCCGGGGAGGGUCUUGGGCCAGCGGCUGUCAGUCCCCACCUCCUUCAUAAAGUCCUGCCCUCCGGGGACAGUCCGCACAGCUACCCAGGCUGAGGAGAGGGGGCAGCCCGCAGAGCUGCCCAGCCUGGGGAGACAGGACAGACCUGUCCCACUCACUCUUUCCCCUGCCGCUCCUGCCGGCAGCUCGAACCAUGGGAGGCCGCGUCUUUCUCGCAUUCUGUGUCUGGUUGACUCUGCUGGGAGCUGAAACCCAGGACUCCAGGGACUGUGCCCGGUGGUGCCCUGAGAACUCCUCGUGUGUCAGCGCCACUGCUUGUCGCUGCAAUCCAGGGUUCACUUCUUCAUCUGAGAUCUUCACCUCCCCCACGGAGAUUUGUGACGACAUCAAUGAGUGUGCGUCACCGUCGACAGUGUCUUGUGGAAAAUUCUCGGACUGCAGGAACAUGGAAGGGAGCUACCACUGCGUGUGCAACCCGGGGUAUGAGCUUGUUUCUGGGGCAAAAACAUUCAAGAAUGAGAGCGAGAACACGUGUCAAGACGUGGACGAAUGUCAGCAGAACCCAAGGCUCUGUAAAAGCUACGGCACCUGCCUCAACACCCUCGGCAGCUACACCUGCCAGUGUCUGCCUGGCUUCAAGUUCAAACCUGAGGACCCGAAGCUCUGCACAGAUGUGAAUGAAUGCACCUCCGGACAAAACCCAUGCCACAGCUCCACCCACUGCCUCAACAACGUGGGCAGCUAUCAGUGCCGCUGCCGCCCGGGCUGGCAGCCGAUUCCGGGCUCCCCCAAUGGCCCAAACAAUACCGUCUGUGAAGAUGUGGACGAGUGCAGCUCCGGUCUGCAUCAGUGUGACAAUUCCACCGUCUGCUUCAACACCGUGGGUUCAUACACCUGCCGCUGCCGCCCAGGCUGGGAGCCCAAGCAGGGAAUCCAGAAUAACCAAAAGGACACUGUCUGUGAAGAGAUGAAUUUCCCCACCUGGACCCCGCCCCCCGGAGUCCACAGCCAGACGCUUUCCCAAUUCUUCAACAAAGUCCAGGACCUGGGCAGAGACUUCAAGACAAGCUCAGCCAAUGUCACCAUCCACAGCAUCUUAAAGCGGUUGGAUGAAGUGCUGGAGGCUCCCGGGGACCUGGAGACCCUGCCCCGCUUUCAGCAGCGCUGUGUGGCCACUCACUUGCUGGAUGGCCUAGAGGAUGUCCUCAGAGGCCUGAGCAAGAACCUUCCCGUUGGGCUCUUGAACUUCCGUUAUCCUGCAGGCACAGAAUUUUCCCUGGAGGUGCAGAAGCAAGUAGACAGGAACGUCACCUUGAGACAGAAUCAGGCAACGAUGCAGCUGGACUGGAAUCUGGCACAGAAAUCUGGUGACCCAGGCCCUUCUGUGGUGGGCCUUGUCUCCAUUCCAGGGAUGGGAAAGUUGCUGGCUGAGGCCCCCCUGGUCUCGGAGCCUGAGAAGCAGGUGGUUCUGAAUGAGACACAUCAGGGCUUGCUCCCCAUCCUGCUCUCAGAUGUCAUCUCUGCCUUUCUGAGCAACAACGACACCCAAAACCUCAGCUCCCCAGUUACCUUCACCUUCUCCCACCGUUCGGUCAUACCAAGACGGAAGGUGCUCUGUGUCUUCUGGGAGCAUGGCCAGAAUGGAUGUGGUCAUUGGGCCACCACAGGCUGCAGCACGAUGGGCACCAGAGAUACCAGCACCAUCUGCCAUUGCACCCACCUGAGCAGCUUUGCCGUCCUCAUGGCCCCCUAUGAUGUACAGGAGGAGGAUCCUGUGCUGACUGUCAUCACCUACAUGGGACUGAGCCUGUCUCUGCUGUGCCUCCUCCUGGCGGCCCUCACCUUCCUCCUGUGCAAAGCCAUCCAGAACACCAGCACCUCACUGCAUCUGCAGCUCUCGAUCUGCCUCUUCCUGGCCCACCUCCUCUUCCUCGUGGCAAUUGAUCGAACCGAACAUGAGGUGCCGUGCGCCAUCAUUGCUGGUGCCUUGCAUUAUCUCUACCUGGCCGCCUUCACCUGGAUGCUGCUGGAAGCCCUGUACCUCUUCCUCACUGCACGGAACCUGAUGGUGGUCAACUACUCAAGCGUCAACAGAUUCACGAAGCAGCUCAUGUUCCCUGUGGGCUAUGGAGUCCCAGCUGUGAUAGUGGCCAUUUCUGCAGCCUCCAGGCCUCACCUUUAUGGAACACCUUCCCGCUGCUGGCUCCAACCAGAAAAGGGAUUUAUAUGGGGCUUCCUUGGACCUGUCUGCACCAUCUUCUCUGUGAAUUUAGCUCUCCUUCUGGUGACUCUCUGGAUUUUGAAAAACAGACUCUCCUCCGUCAAUAAUGAAGUGUCCACCCUCCAGAACACAAGGAUGCUGGCAUUUAAAGCGACAGCUCAGCUGUUCAUCCUGGGCUGCACGUGGUGUCUGGGCAUCUUGCAGGUGGGUCCGGCUGCCCAGGUCAUGGCUUACCUCUUCACCAUCAUCAACAGCCUGCAGGGCGUCUUCAUCUUCCUGGUGUACUGCCUCCUCAGCCAGCAGGUCCGGGAGCAAUACAGGAAAUGGUCCAAAGGGUUCAGGAAAUUGAGAACUGAGUCUGAGAUGCACACACUCUCCAGCAGUGCGAAGGCUGACACCUCCAAACCCAGCACGGUUAACUAGAAAAAUCUUCUGAAUAAGAUCUUCCCUCUUUGCCCGUGGAAAAUCUGAACAAUAUUUCAGCCAUCUAGAGGGGAAGGAAAAGACUUUGUUCUAUGUGUUUCAAGAAAUUCACCAUGUCAGCAAUAUGAAGGAUGUUAUGGAAGGCAUGCUUGGCAUUCAAUUCCUGCAGAAACCGGAAUUCUUCCAUGCCCUACAAUGUGCCCAGCAAACUCUCAGCAUACGGAUGGCCAGCUGUGGCCCAUAUCUUGGUCACUCUGAAGCACAAUAUUUAUGAAGGUAUAGAAGGUUCUCCCACAGCCUCUCCUUCCUACAAAGACUCCUCCAGAUCUUAAAAUGAAGCAGGAAAACGAGCCUAAGAGGACUUUCAUAGCAACAAUAUCCGAAAGGGCUAGAAUGUUCACACCACAAUCUGGAUUUCUUGAUUUUUUCAUUGUUGCUGUUCUCUAGUUCUACGGGUUUGAUUAUUUAGUCACGUGAAAAAUACUGAUUAUUCACACAUAGAUCAAGAGAGACACGGCUUCUGCCUUCAUGGAGCUUUUAGGGGAAAAUGAAGUGGCUCUUGCAGCUAGAGUUGACUCAGAAGCUGAAAUUCCCAGAAAUCAAGUUUCUACUGCUAGGCAAUUGAAGUAUAAACUGUUUUAUAAACACUGUCUUCUUUCAUCUUCACACCAACAUGCAGAAAAAUUUCUAAAGUUUCUCAGAUCAGGAAUGUGCAACAAAUUCCAUUUCCAAGGAAUGACCUGCAAAACUCCUAAAUGUGCCAAGCAAAUGCCCUUUCCCCUGUCUAUUAUCUGCUUUCCUUGAAUAGAGAUUCUACAUGACCAUAAAACUUCGAAGAUGGGUAUGGCACAGUUCAUGCCCUGUAAUCCUAGCACUUUGGAAGGGUGAGAGAGGAGGAUGGCUCGAGCCCAGGAGUUUGAGCCCAGCGUGGGCAACAGAGUGAGACCCAUCUCUACCCAAAAAAAAAAAAA